UUUUAUAAUUUUUUGUUUUAUUUUUAACCCUUUACAAUUUAUUCCAAAAUUAUUUUUUUUUUUUGAAGUAAAAUUCACCAUGUCAUCUUUUAAAAUCUGUUGCUUGUGCCUUGCUGAGUGCUCGGAAUACGAAAGCCUUUAUCAAAAGGGUGGCAAGGAAACGCGCCUCUAUGAAAUGGCCUACAACAUCUUUCAUCCAUAUAUUUUAAAUAUGGAAGUAUUGCAGAAACUCGAUGUCAUAUGUUUAGAAUGCUGGUAUCAUAUUCUGGAUUUUGAGGACUUUCGUAUGAACAUCAUCAAGGCUCAAUUUGGUGGCCAAGAAACCAACGAUGUGAUCUACGAGAAGAAACUUGAGGAUAUCUAUGGAAUAUGUAAUGAGGAUAACAAUGAUUAUAAUGUUAGUAAUAAUAAUAACGAACAAUGCCUAAUGGAAAAGCGUAUCAAUGUCAUAAAAGAGGCCAAUAAUCCAAUUGAUUUGGAAAAUUUUCAAAUCGGCAAUAUCGAAGAUAAGCAUGAAAAAGUGCCACAAUUAAGAUGGCAUAAUCCUACGCCAAAGAAAGAUAAAAUCUACCCAUCGAUACCGCUUGAGCCAGGAUGCCUUGCUAAAAAAACCAUAGAGUUUCUGCAAAGUCUUUGUGACGAAAUGAAUGAACCUCAAACCCCAGCGGAAACUUCUAGUAAUAAACUCGCCAGAACUUCUAAUAAUAAGCCCGCCAUUAGCAAUAAGAGUAAAACAAAAGAGAAAUCCUCGGAUCAAAAAGGCAACAACGUCUUUCCCGAUGAGCAUCCGGAAUAUGAGCACAUAAAAAAUCGUUGUAAGGAAAUAAGGCAAUUGAAUGAUCACUUAAAAGCCGAAGGAGUUCUUUUUCUGGAAAGUUUACUACUAAAUUCUGAUGAUGACGAUGAUGGAAACUCAUCUAUGACACCAUGGCCUUCAAAUGUUUCAUGUAAAACUCAUAAUGAUCUGGAGAAGAUUAUAAUUAUUGACGAUGAUGAUGAAGAAAAUGAUAUAGUUGUUGAUGAUAUCAAGGAAGAAACUGACCAGGAUCUGGAAAUAAUUAGCAUAUAUUCCAAUUCAGAACCCUUUGAAGGAAAUGACUGCGCUUCGCCAAAAGUUUUAGCUUCUGGUAUAUAUCAAGUUUCUCAGUAAGAUCAGGAACCCAUUAUAAAGUAGAUAUAAAAGGAAGAUCCUACUAAAGUGGAAAAAUUUCGAUACACUAGGAAGAAGAGACAAAUAUAUCAAAGAGAAAAAUAUCACAAAAAGAAAGCCAUUCGAAAAAAGGGUGACUUAACGAGAAAUAAACAAAAAUUACAUUGAAACAUAAAACACCGAAUGGAAACUCAUUGGGAGGUCAUCAGAGAGUUAUGGAAGAGAAAUUUCUGCCACAGAAUACUAGAGAGACAAAUAAGCGGGAUAAGAGAAGUCUGAAAACAAAAAGUUUGCAAGGAGAUAUUCCUUGCAAACUUUUUGUUCAGGAAGAAUGAAAUACAAAUAAAAGAAAUGUGAAAGAGAUAACACUAAAGGUGAGCAUUUUUAAGGAGCAGGAUGGAACAAUGAACGAGAGAACUACGAGAGAGAGAGUUCUGGAACAAAUGAGUCUGGAAGCGACAAAUAUAGGAGAGACCACUCUAGGGGGGACCACUCUGGGAGAGACAACACUGCGAGAGAUUACUCUGGGAGAGACAACGCUUAAAGAGAAUCCAAAAAAAAAAAAAAAUAUCCCUGGAGGAGAGUUUGCAUCAAGAUAGAACUCAAGAGGAUAGCUUACUAAAGGAGAAAAGAAAUGAAAUUUUACAAAAAAAAGCAUAAAAUUAAAUAAAAAUUAAAAACAAGUAUAA